GAAAGACACUUUCAUAUGCCGCCGAGUAUUCGGGGAAGAAAUUUCGUUUGUUAUUAUUAUUAUGUCCCCGUCCUUUUUAUACCGACAGUUCACAAUUUCUUUCCGUCUCACUCUUUCACCGAGCAUGACCGCGAAACAUCUGAGAGAUCCUUUCAUAUGGGUUUCGCAGGAAUAGCGAUUGCAAGUCUGUGUGUUCGUGUUUCAUUGCGCGAAGACGAUAGGAAGUUCUGUGAAUAACCAUUGAUUAUCAAAAAGCACGACGAAGAGAGAGAGAGAGGGAGAGUGUGUUAUUCGUUAGUUCUCUCGUGUUUUGUGCAUGUUUUAACGUGUAUGUGUUCGCGCUACCGAUAAGAGGAACGAUGCUUUGUCACGUUAACGAAAUUCUAUUUUUCUUUCGUGUUAUAUUUCGACCGACAUAUCCGUAAAAACGUGUUGAAAAGACAUCCGAAUAAAACAAUAUAAACAAACGAAAAUCAUCGAUAAAGAGAAAUAAGCAAAACAAAAGUGUGUGUACGAAGAGUAAUGGAAAAAUGGUGAGAGAGGAUCACGUUGAUUGGGAUGGGUUCACAAUCGCUGGAAAUCCUCAGACAAGGGGUCUGGGCAAGUUUGACAGGAGGCUGGUUCUACGACCCUCGCCUCGACGUUUUUUCCAACACUUUUCAUCUUUACGUUUGGCUAUUUUUGCUGUGCCUACCCUUCACCAUUUAUCUCUUUUUACCUCCGACGCUCUAUGUAUGGCUAGCUUACUGCGGUUCAAUAGUCACACUCUUUGGAACAAUAAAAUGUAUAAAUCAUGCUCUCCAUACCGUUUACGACACUUCGGAGUGCCUGGAAGAGCCAGGGCCCAGCAUAAGUCAGCAAAAGUUAGAGAGCGAAAAACGUCGCACCGCUCGUAGUAAAAAAGGAGAACAAUCUCAAGAUCCUACCGAUCAUGGCAUAGAAUUGCAAGUGCUGAAUGGAAAAACAGAUACACCACCUGUGGAAUGUUCCUCAAGAAAUUCAUACAUUGAGCCAAAUGUUCAAAACGCAGACGCUGACAGCAUAACGUCUGAUUACAAUCGCGAAAAGCCAAAUUCAACGAUAGACCUUAAGGUAGAGAUACACAGAAAAAAUAGCUCCGAGAGCUCGGAAGACGCGACCGCGUCUGAGGAACUCGCCGCCAAGCAAACUGCUGAGAGCAGCAAAUAUAUUCUCGAAAAAGACACAACUGCCGAGCAGAUACGCGUACGAAGGGGUAAAAUGAAUGCGAUGCGCUUGAAAUGUCAACAAUGCGUCAUAAUGGGAAGAGAGGAACGCCCUUGUUCUCGAAAGCUUUGUAGACACGGCUCUGAGGAAUCUCAGAGUCGGCAUACAAGGGUCGCUACACCAGGUCCACUGGGAAAAACAGGCUCCGAAAGUCGAAUCAAGCAAACGAGUUCACUCGAAUUGGAAGAACCCAGCGAAGAUUACCCUUAUUAUCCUUACUGGAAAUCAAAUCAAAGCGUUCGCCGUUUAAAUUCUAGUUCGAUACCGAUGGAGACUCAUCUUACUACGGAUCAUCCGCAAAGUCUCGAAAUUAUAUCUAAAAAGAAAACGGAUGGAGACAAAAACAAAAUGCAAUCGCAUCCUCAAUCCCUCGAGGUGAUAGCAAAAAAAUUGCACCAACAGCUCGUACAUCCUCAGAGCUUGGAGACGAUUGGGGCAACGAGUAAAAACACGACGACUUCGGAUGACAAUAAUUUGCCCCUCCAUCCUCAGAGUCUUGAAACUAUAAAUACUAAAAAAGGGUUGCCACAAAACACCCUCAAACGUAAUCAAUUACAAUUAUUACCGUAUUCAAGUUAUGGAUCGGAGAUCGUGCAUCCGAUCGCGGAACAAAGCGACGAGCAAUUCGCGAACGAUAAUACCGGGGGCUACAGCCUUAGAGAUUCGUACAGUCCUUUGCUGGCAGGAAAGAGAAUAGACGAAACUUACAAUCGUUCGAAUAGGGAUCGGAGCCUCAGUACGGGUGGCUUGAAAGAACGAUUCUCAAGAUUAAACGGAGAAAUAGCGAUCGAAGACGACUCGACAAACUCUCGGGACGCUUUGCUCGAGGAACAAAAGCCGACGUACAAGAGAAGAUUUAGUAACGCAAGUCAAAGUAGUCGAGAACUCUCGGACGGCGAGAGACGUAAAGGAAGAGUCGAAGAAUCGUCGAAGAGUAGUAAAAAUAUCGAGGAUCCCCUGAAUUCAGCGAGUGUUGCAGGCACGGAGAAUGGCGAGUCCGCCGUUGAGCCAUGGGCGAGCAAAAUUUUUUGGACUUUCACACGUUCAGAUGAUACGGACACGUCGGAGAGUCUUCAAACAGCUAGUACGGAUUAUUAUCAAGCGAAGGAGCCCGACUCAGGAUCGUCGAGCACGACGACUUUGAGCAUCGACAACGAGGUGAAGAAAAAGUUAUUGCCACAAGAAGGCGCGAGGAGCGAAACUGUGGACAGCAAACGCAAUCAGGGAGCGAUACCGAAGCAAAAUCGUGGCAGUAAAACGGGCAACGAAACAACAAAUGUAGAUGAGACGAGCGAACAGAAUAAAAUAGUGGAGGCAACAACGUCGACGACAACAAGCCCGAGUGCGAGAACACGUCCAAAAGCAAAGAGAAUGUUUGAGCGAAAGAGAGAAUUAGACUUUCAAGAAUUUUGUACACUGGAUCAGGCCGAGGGUUCGAACAACGAAUUGAGCACAUUGUUGUCGAGUCCAGCGCCCCCACUUUUGGCUCCGUUGCUUAAAACAACCCGAGAACCUGAAAAUUCUGGGGCUUCCGCGGAUGUACCAAAUUGGAUAAGUCGUCAUUUGUCACCUUUAGCACCCGAAGUUAGAAUCCGCAACGGAAGAGUGGUCAAAUGUACUAUUCCCGGUGACGGAAAAUGUGUGCAUCACGGUGGCCGAGGAUCGGGACAUCGUGGAACAAAAUCAGGCUCGAGGGAAAAGUGUUUGGUACCGCUUACUUCUCUUGCGCGUUUUAUUUCGAACGGAGAUUGUCAUUUGGCGAGAAAUCAUAAUGACACGACCGAAGGAGCGGUUCACAUAUUUCACGACGAAAACGGAGGAUGGUACACUUACACAUUCGAGAAAGACAGCCCGGGUAUAGUGACAACCGCUGAAAUACCCGCGGGAAACACCGACAAACCAGGAAACAUUUUGUUGCCACCGCAGAUAAAUCAGGGCAGGAAUUAUAAUAACGAGGCUAAUUGGGAGGCUGCUGAUUCAUUGAGCAACAGCUCGAGCAGUCUUUCUCUCAAUUCGGCUGGAUUAACCGUCAUCAUCGAUACUCCGCCGGUAUUAUCAAGCCCCGCAAGCAACAACGCUAACAAAAGUCAAACUGGCGCAGCUCAAAAUAAUCCUACGACAUCGAAUAUCGCUCAGGUUAAUCAAUGUGCUCGCGACAGCCUCAUGAGAGAUCCUUUCUUUCGUAUCCUCCUCGACAGACAUCCCAGUUGGCAAACUCUCCUCGGCAAUUUCAACUUGAAUCCUUACUCGACGGAGAAUCACAAUCAAUUGCCCGUUUUGCCAUUGUCGAAUUAUCAGGAAGCGGAUAUGAGCGCUAAUUUAUCGUGGAAUCGUUUCAUCGACGGUCUCGAUGGGACGAAUGAGGCGAAGCCCAAAACGACGAGGCAUUAUUACAAAUGGAAAAUCGGACGAUUGCCACACAUCAAAGUACGAUUCGAUCGGCUCUCGUUGCUCGCUCUCCUCGAUAGAAAUUUGACGAUCAUCGAAACUAUAAUAUCAACCCUACUGGCUGUUUUCGUUGCCGGCCUCGGGUUACUCCUGCUUCAACAAGGUUUUUAUCGGGAUAUAUUCGCCUUCAUCUUCUGCUUCGUAACAGCAGGCUGCCAAUACUCGUUACUUAAAUCGGUACAGCCCGAUGCCGCCUCACCCACUCACGGUUUCAACCGUAUCAUCGUGUUCUCAAGACCCGUUUACUACAUCAUUUGCACCGGUCUCAUCCUCAUAUUCAACGAAGCAUUGAAAAACUUUAAACCUACGGAAUUUCGGGUCUACGGGUUUCGACUUGCCGACUACGACGUUAUGACACAAGUGAGAAACGUUCUUCUCAUAUUCGUUCUCGCUUUCCCUCUCGUAUUCUCUCUCGGUCUGUUCCCACAGAUCAACACUUUCCUUAUGUAUCUCUGUGAACAUUUGGACAUCCAUUUGUUCGGAGGCAACGCAACCACCGGCCUCGUCUCUUCGCUGUAUUGCUUAUUUCGCAGCGUAUUCACAGUACUUAUCCUUUAUGGUUUCGCCUAUGGAGCCAUCACCGAGCCAAAAUCAUCCCAACACAUAUUAUUCUCAAUAUUCGUCGGUUUACUCGUCGCGAUCUCUUAUCAUCUGAGUCGAUCGUCAUCGGAUCCAAGUGUCAUUUGGGACAUCGUUAAAACGAAUCUUUGGCCGCCGGACAUCGAGUAUUUGGAAAAAAUGGAAGCAAAGAUCAUUGAGAAUACGGCGAGACGAGAGACUCCCGGUCAAGUAUUGAAGGAAGCUAAAAUACGCACUUCUGGAAGGAAAAAAGACGUCAAGAUCAAAGUGGGCGAAGAAAUAACGGAUUCGGAGCUGGUCGAUCCAUUGCCACAAAAGCUGAGAUCGACCGUUGAAGCGAGAUUGAAAAACGAUCUGAUCGUUUGCACCUUCAUCGGCGUUGUCACUUUCGUCAUUCAUUCUUCGACGGUAUUUACGGCUUUGAAAUCGGAAUUGAAUCCCGUACUGUGGGGAAUCGCGAGUUGUCUUGGUUUCUUGUUACAUUACAUCGUGCCACAGUUGAGGAAACAAUUGCCAUGGUUGUGUCUGGCCCGACCGGUUUUAAGAAGCCACGAGCAUGCUCUGUUCGAAGUUUGUGAACCAGUGAAAAUAAUGUGGUUCGAAAAGCUCUACGUUUGCCUGUGUUUUCUAGAGAGAAAUAUCUUGUACCCGAUUAUAUUUCUCGGAGCGUUGACCGAAUUCACGCCGGUCAUAGUGAACAAAUUUGGUGAAAACGUUGGCACUCUAAUCGUCGUUACCUGCGGACUGAAAUCACUCCGUUCGUCGUACUCCGACCCGUCCUCCCGCUAUUUGGUACUCAUCUUCGCAGUUCUCUUAUUCCAGCACGACUUUGAAGAAUUCAGCGAGACUUUUCUUCUCGAUUAUUUCGUGACUGGCAUAGCUUAUGCCAAAAUUCACGAAUUGCUGCUGAAAAUACGUUUCAUCGUGACUUACAUCGCACCCUGGCAAGUUACUUGGGGCAGUGCUUUUCACGCUUUUGCACAACCCUUCUCAGUCCCUCACUCGGCGAUGCUCUUUCUCCAAGCGAGUAUCUCAGCCUUACUCGGAACCCCGCUCAAUCCACUCUUGGGCAGUGCUAUAUUCAUCUGUUCCUACGUCAGACCGAUCAAGUUUUGGGAACGAGAUUACAAAACGAGACGCGUCGAUCACAGCAAUACGAGAAUGUCAUCGCAUCUGGAAAGAAACUUGGGCACCGACGAUAACAAUCUGAACUCCAUUUUCUACGAACAACUUACGAGAUCUUUGCAGCACAGCCUAUACGGGGAUUUGGCUCUUGGACGUUGGGGAAACCUUGAACAGGGCGAUUGUUUUUUACUCGCUUCCGACUAUCUCAACUGCCUCGUUCACAUUGUACAAUUGGGCAAUGGGCUCGUUACUUUUCAACUUCGAGGACUUGAAUUCCGUGGAACUUAUUGUCAACAACGCGAAGUUGAGGCCAUCUCCGAAAGCAUUGAGGAAAAUGACAAUUGUUGCUGCUGCGAAAUGGGCCAUUUCUCGCACGUUCUCAGCAUGAACGCCGCUUUUGGACAACGAUGGCUCGCCUGGGAAGUCGCCACUGCCAAAUACGUACUCGAAGGAUAUUCAAUAUCCGAUAAUUCUGUCGUUUCGAUGUUACAAGUUUUCGACUUUCGCAAGGUUCUCGUCACUUAUUACGUCAAAAGCAUCGUAUUUUAUGCCAUCAAAUCCAGCAAACUCAAACAAUGGCUCGAAAAUCCUGACAUCACCGAGGCUCUCAAACCGAAAAGAAAUUUCGUUGAUCUCGAUCCUGUUUUUAAUAUGAAUAUCGACGAAGAUUUCGACUUUCGUGCCAGUGGCAUCACACGGAGCAGCUUUUGCAAUGUUUAUCUCGAUUGGAUACAAUUUUGUGCUGCCAAGUGCGACAAGACGCUCGAUAGGUCGAGGGAUUCGCCCCUCGUUUCUUUGUGCUUAGCUUUGAGCCUUUUGGGACGACGUGUACUUGGAGCAGCCUCGCACAACACGGUGUCGAGCGUCGAAUUUUUUCUUUACGGUUUACACGCUCUUUUCAAAGGAGAUUUUCGUAUAACGUCCAUAAGAGACGAGUGGGUUUUGCACGACGUCGAUUUGCUGCGAAGUGUCGUCGCGAAAGGUGUACGAAUGGCGUUAAAACUGCAUCAGGAUCAUUUCAUGAGUCCAGAAUUAUAUGAGGAACCGUCCGCGCUUUACGAAGCUAUCGAUAAUCACGACAAACAUUUGGUGAUAAGUCACGAGGCUGAUCCUCUAUGGAGAAAUGCUGUUCUCAGCGGGGCUCCGAGUUUAUUGGCUCUGAGACAUGUUCUCGACGACGGUAUAAACGAGUACAAAGUUAUAAUGCUUAAUAAACGCUUUCUGAGCUUCCGUGUGAUAAAAAUGAAUCGAGAGUGCGUGCGAGGUUUGUGGGCUGGACAACAGCAAGAACUAGUUUACCUGAGAAAUCGUAAUCCCGAACGUGGGUCGAUACAAAAUGCAAAACAAGCUUUGCGGAAUAUAAUAAACAGUUCGUGCGAUCAACCGAUAGGGUAUCCGAUUUAUGUUUCGCCUUUGACAACCAGCUAUGCCGAAACCAAUCAACAACUUUGCUCCAUCGUUGGUGGGCCUCUGAGUCUCGGUAUCAUCAAGCACACCGUUAUAAAACUUUGGCGAAAAAUAAGAAGAAGAUGCGGUCAAGGAUGCUCGUCGGGUGGCACAGGAUCGCAGGACGACGGAGGUUUCGGAAAUGAUGUCGUUUAUGCCAUGACUACUUACAAUGUUCAUUCCGGAUAUAGUCAAUCCGGUCAUAAUACUUCCGGUUCUCAGUCCAUGGAUUCCGGAUGUCAAAUCGGUGGUUCGACCGGACGUGGCUCCCUGGGUCGUGCUAAUACCGGUUCGCUCGGUGGGAAUCGUGGCUCUUUGGCUUCCGUUGGGAAACCAACGAGCUCUACUCUCGCGAGUCUUACCGGUCUUCUCAGCAACAGCGAUAUUAAACAAGAAUCCAAAUGCGAAACAAGCUUUUCCGGAAAAACUGACAAGGACGAAAUUUCUCAAAGAGUUCGAAUAAUGGAUCCAAAUCAGGUAUACGAUGCGAUAAACCUCGGUCGGAGGAUAGAUGUUAUUUGGCCAGACGAGAGGAUGAGACAGCAGGGAGGUAGAACGGGAUGGCAACAUUGGAUUCCCGAGCGUGGAAUGGAAGGCUGCGUGGUUCAUCGUUGGUUACCGAAUCAUCGUGAUCCAAAUCGUCGUUCCCACGUCGACAAGGUUAUAUUAUUAGUCAAAAUAGAUGAAAAAUAUGUGCCGAUUGCGGAACAAGGAGUUCGGGAUUUGGGCGCUGAAGUUUGAACAAAAUUUGUGGCAGGUUUGAUCUUACGAGAAUAUGAUAAACCGAACCUCGCAACGCCGACAUAUACGAGACAUCCUUAAAAAGGAAAUCCAGUAUUUGUUUCAAAUUUCAUCGUCCCCAAACGUAUAGUGAACAAUAGAAAAUUAUUGUGAGAAUUUGGACAGUGUGCCAAAGUUCUCGAUGCAAACCAAAUCGUUGUACUAUAUCAUGUACCAUAUAACAAUUUUAUGGAUGAGCAGGAGAGGGGGUUCGUGUGAAAAAAAUCUGUGAAUAACGAGAUAUAUGUGUAUCGUCGUUUUGUAAAUUGUUCGAGUUAAAAAGCAAACGGGGCACUUUGAAUGGUCGAGAAAAAAGAUAGUGACUUCACGAUAUAUACUAUGAGUCGAAAUAACCGAAUUCACAGCGGUCAAGAAUUGUACAUAAUGGUCAUUCGUGUUUUUCUACGUUUUGUUACGAAAAUUUUUUUUUAACUACGCAAUAGCGCGUUAAGCUGUAGAUAGCUAGACUAUACGUGUAAAAUUUAAGGCAAAAGAAGUAAACAAUUCAAAAAAUAUAUAUAUAUAUAUUAACAUGAACAUAUAUAUAUAUUUACUAUUAUCCGAUAAUAAAACGUUCGUGGAAUGUUGAGGGUAGAGUGACCAAGGAAAGAAACAAGGGCGUGUGAAAACCCCCGAAUGGGUGACAUAUCGAUUGCGUCAUUUGAGCGAACAAUAAAAUAAAAAAAAACGAAGCAUUUCUAUCCAAUCGCAUUCUACGAGAUUAGCACGUUAAACGGAAUCUAGAAUUUUAUUCCUUGUGAUGAUGAGCGAGUGAGGAAAGAAAGAGUACGUAAUUCAUCGAAAUUACAAUCGCGAACUUGUGGGAGAUUUUUCGUGUCGUUGAUCGAGACUCAGAGAUCGGCAUUUCUUCGAGUAUUUUUCCAACAGAAUUUUUUUCCUUGUAAAUUAUUUAUUGCCUUAUAAAUUAAUUCAUGAGUAUCUUACGAUAUUUGUGAUUUGCUCGAGAACGUUUGAAGCAACAUAAUUCUCGUGUAAUAUUCGUGGAAGAAAAUCGUUCAAAAUAAAUUCAUUGAUUGUUACAUUUGAAUUUUAUAUUUUCGUAUAACCCGAUUCCAAUGAUAUUGUGCAUCCCCAGUAAGCUUCCGCCGUUACUAAAUUUCGAGCAAAGUUCACUGACGAGGAGUCAUUUAUGGCUAUGAAACGGUAAAAAAAAGUUCAAGAACUCUGUUCACUUGUUCUCAGUAAAUAUCCAAUGCCAGAUCUCUUAUCACAAUUUUUACUUGUUCCAGUCCUGUCUCAGUUGAAAACAUUCGAAAUUUGAAAGAAAGAGUACGGUUUAUUAAUUGAUUAAUUAGACGAUAAAAAUAGUGUCUGUAUUUUCUUAGAAAGUUGUCCUUCUCAUGUAAUAUUGAUGAAUUUCCCGCUACAGUUUUCUGCCAUUUUUUGAUGAUUCAAGAUGAACAUUUUGUUUUGAUUCGAAGAAUCCUUGCGUCGGCAUUUUUGUCUCUGGUUCACGUCUUGGGUGUCUCUCCAAGUUAUCAGCGAGUCACAGCAUUGCCUUAAACCGGUGUAUCGACAGACACCUGACUGAUGAUGAAAAAAAAAACGAAAACAAAAUAUAAAAUGAAAAACUAGCUAGUCUGUCAAUAGCUGACCGUGUGAACGGAUUUAUAAUAAAAUAAAGAAUAAAGCGACUCUGCGAAAAGUGCGAGAAUAAGUGAGUUCGGCCAUUUUAUUAACGAUGUUGCAAAAAAGAAUUUAAUCCAAUGAUUCUUCGGCCUAAUUUUUUCUAUGAGUUAAUGCAUAUAUUUUCAUUGAGGACGAAAACAAAAAAACUCUUUUGAAUACAUCAAUUGCGUUUACAAAAUCACAGUUUUACCGUUAUCACAGUUAAUGUACCGAGACCGAAUGGAAUCGAAUCCAUAUUUUUUAAGCGACGGAAGUUUGUUUGCCGAUUUGAAGGAGGAAAUUAUUAUAUUCUUCAUAAAUGUAAAUAAAAAAAGAAAAACGAAAGAGUUUUACGACGUAGAUCGUUGAAAUUCCACGAUUCAACUAAAUGGUUGGAAAAAAAUGUACCAUUUCGGACAACGCGUUACGAUCGUUCUAUAUUAUAGUAGAAAUGUGUAAGUUACAUUAUCUUUUGUUUUUCUUGUGAUUGUGUUGUUAUUGUAAUUAAGUAAAUAAAUUUACCGUCGACGAGAAAGGGGAAGGAAAUCAUAGGAUAAAAAUUGUAUAGAGAGAAAAAUUACUGUUGUGGAUAAUAAGUCGUAACAACUAUAUUAAUUAUGAUAAUAAAACAUGUUACUUUUUUUCAUAUUUA